AUGAGUGUGUGUUCAAAUCUUCUUAGGAUGGGAAAUGCCUCUGAAACAUCUUUGUUUGUAUCCAAAAUAUCCAAGGAGAAUGACUUCUUGCUGGGCACAGUCUACACAAUCUUUGGUGUGCUGUCCCUUGUGGGGAACACCGUGCUGUUGUUUGUGGCAUAUCGUAAGAAGUCCUCUUUGAAACCGGCCGAGUUCUUCAUUGUCAACCUGUCCAUCAGUGACUUAGGAAUGACCAUCACACUCUUCCCUUUCGCUAUUCCCUCUGCUUUUGCACACAGGUGGCUGUUUACGGAGCUGAUGUGUACGUCUUACGCAUUCUGUGGGGUACUCUUUGGCCUGUGCAGCCUAACCAACCUGACCGUGUUGUCGUCUGUGUGCUGGCUCAAAGUCUGCCACCCCAACUACGGUAGCAAGUUUUCAUCAUCUCAUGCGUGUCUGCUGGUGGUGGGGGUAUGGUGCUACGCCGGGGUGUUUGCCGUGGGACCGUUAGUGGGCUGGGGCCAGUACGGUUCCGAGCCCUAUGGGACGGCCUGCUGCAUUGACUGGCAUGCACCUAGUUACAGUCUCUCUGCCAUGAGCUACAUCAUCUGCCUUUUUUUCUUCUGCUACAUCAUGCCCUGUACCAUCAUCUUCCUCUCCUACGCCUUCAUCCUGAUGACUGUCCGAGGCUCCCGCCAAGCGGUUCAGCAGCACGUCUCGCCCCAGAACAAGAUUGUCAAUGCUCAGACCCUUAUUGUCAAGCUCUCCGUGGCAGUGUGUAUAGGGUUCUUGAUGGCGUGGAGUCCGUAUGCAGUUGUCUCUAUGUGGGCUGCCUUUGGUGAUCCGGAAAUGGUCCCCCCUAUGGCUUUUGCCUUGGCCGCGAUGUUUGCCAAGUCCUCUACCCUUUACAACCCCAUGGUUUAUCUGGUCUUCAAGCCCAACUUCCGCAGAUCCCUGUGUGGGGAUGCUGCUAAGUGCAAGAGAGCUUUAUGCCCUUGUAUCUGUCAGCCCGGUGCCACGCAGAAGGGCAUUUGCUCGUCAUCUUCGCGUUUCGUGAAGGAGGAGUGUAAUUCCACGAGGCUUUCGAAUGGACUGCAUGAGAGUCACAGGGCCUGUAGGCACUGUCCCGAGGGGGGGUCCGGCCAAUGGCUGGACACCACACCUCAGAGAACUGCACGAAUCCUCACUGGAUCCACGCACAGCGAGGUUGCCGUCAGUCAGCUGUCAAACGAACUCCAGAGCGACUUCCUCUAG